AUGGCACAACCGUGUUCUCGGUAUUAUUAUACUCCUCUUUCCUCUGAAGAAAACACUAAUCUAAAGAGAAUGAGAGAUAUGGAUGAUGAUAUCAGAAAACCUCAGAAAAGACUGUUGUCUCCUCCCCCAAAUAUGCAAAGCGGUUACUGUUCGAGCGAAGAAGACGUAGGAUCCGUCAUUCAACCCGUUCUGCAUAAUGACUGUGUUUCUAUGGCGUUGGGCGCUACCCAAACUGAUAUGGCCGUGGCUGAUUUAUCUCGUGUAUUGAUAAUAUACACUGGCGGUACAGUGGGAAUGAAACAUACAAAGUCGCGAGGAUAUAUCCCUGUCCAGCACUACCUAACCCGGACCUUGACACAAAUGCCACGUUUUCAUGAUCCGCGCGCUUACAUGAAAGUUGGGAUGGAUGCUGUUCGUACGUUCGGUGAACUAGAGGGAGAGCGUGGAGAGGGGUUCAAGAACAAAAUAUCUUUGACAGACAAGGACACUGGGAAGGCUGGUCCGGUGAAGUUUGUCGAUACUUUAAUCACACCACCUUCGUUAUAUGGAAAGAGAAUCAUAUAUUCGAUUGUUGAGUACGAGCCAUUAUUAGAUUCAUGUAAUAUGUGUAUUGACGACUGGGUACGUAUAACUUCAGAUAUAGAGGCAAAUUAUCAAUAUUACGAAGCGUUUAUAAUAUUGCAUGGCACGGACACGAUGGCGUACACGGCUAGUGUACUAAGCUUUCUUCUAGAGAAUUUGGGCAAGACUGUGAUACUCACUGGAUCACAGGUCCCAAUCUCAGAGGUGCGCAAUGAUGCCGUGGAAAAUCUUCUGGGCGCAUUAACAAUAGCUGGACAUUUUGUGAUACCAGAAGUGUGUCUAUUCUUCAAUAAUAAACUUUUCCGUGGUAACAGAGCCUCCAAAUCGAAUGCAGUGGAUUUUGAUGCGUUUGAAUCCCCUAAUCUACGGCCGCUUGUUACUGUUGGGAUAAAUAUCGAAGUAAACUGGUCAGAUAUAAUGCGUCCAUCAGUAAUAGCCCCAUUCCGUGCACACAAAAAACUCGACUGCAACGUCGCUGCAUUGCGCUUAUUUCCGGGCAUCACUGAAUCGACCUUGCGCGCAUUCCUGGCUGAUCCGAUCCGAGGCGUUGUACUCGAAACAUACGGAGCAGGAAACGCACCUGAUACGCGUGACGAUUUGAUGAGAUGUCUGGCUGAGGCGAGCGAUCGUGGUGUAGUUGUCGUAAAUUGUACACAAUGCAAAAAAGGUUUGGUGAGCGAUCUGUAUGCUACGGGAAAAGCAUUGGCCAAAGUGGGCGUUGUACCGGGCAGUGAUAUGACACCAGAGUGUGCUCUGGCAAAGCUGUCGUAUCUUUUGGGUAAAGGACUGAGUCCCGAUGAAGUCCGCAAAGAAAUUAAACGAAAUCUCCGUGGUGAAUUAACUGUCCUUGCUGAGACGCAACGAUUCACCGUACAUAACUAUACACAUACGCUUAUACAAGACAUAAUAAAAGCCGCUUCGUCAAAGGAGGGGUUGGAUUUACCCGGUCGAGUGUUAAUGGAAUCAGCGCUUUAUCCCGUCCUCCUGUGUUCUGCGGCUGGGCUAAACGACCUUGACGGAUUACAUUUAUUAGUAGAGAGCGCCGGACGUUCAUUAUUACUAAAUUGCACAGAUUAUGACGGUCGUACUCCACUUCAUAUUGCAUGCUCGGCUGGACAUUAUGAGAUAGUGCAGUUUCUCUUACAAAAUGGUGCUUCGGUGCAUGUACGCGAUAGAUUUAAUCAUACACCGUUAUUCGAGGCUGCCCAGCAUAAACAUAUGAGAGUUGUUCGACUUCUUAGGCAAGCUGGGGCGCAUUUUAAUGAUUCAGAAACACAAGAUAUAAUAUUCCAAGCGUUGGUAGCUGCAACGACAGAUGAUGUCGAGCUACUCCGCCACUUUAUAGAAGCUGGUCUGGACGUAAAUUGUACAGGCUUCGAUCAUCGUACCGCUCUCCAUCACGCCGUCACCGAAGUUCGUCUAUCGACUGUGCAAUAUUUACUUUCAAUACCAAACAUAAAUACCGAAACCAAAGACCGCUGGGGUCGUACUCCUUUAGACGAUGCCGAGAUGAACCUCGGACGUGCAUAUGGUCGCGAUUCUGAGCGCGAAAGUGCGGCACGAGAUAUUGUACGAAUGUUACGAGAAUGCGCAGAGGAAGACGCAAAUAAUCGUGUUGGUAUUAUGAUUGAUGUUGGGACUGGAAGCGCGAAGGGCAGCCUUGAGGGCGAUAGUGCUUUAGGCGAGUCACCGUGA